UUUCGAUUAAAUGUGAUGUGCGGUGCCUUGAACCAGUGAGAACUACGCUGUACGUGUUCGAAUGAAGACGUCGAGCUUAAGAGCAGUGAAAAACUCAACAGAAUUUAUAUCGGCGACCUGCUGCUGCUGAACAGCAAAAAAGAGUUUGUUGUUUUUUCCCAACCCGAGAAAAGGAAACAUUUUAAUAAAAAAAAAAUCAUCAUUUUUUUCGUUCGACACAUUUAUUUGUGAAGGAAAGAAAAAUAAAACGAAAGGCACGAACCCCAAGAAACGAAUAAUAGUGAAAAAUACGAUCGAAGAAAUCGUUGAGUGUUUAUUUUAAAGUGCAUUAAGCACGCUUUUUUUCCCGAAUAAUACGAAAGAACUUUUUAUAUCGAAGAUUCGCCACGUCAAAACACAUGGAAUAAAAUUACCGAAAAUAAUUCAAUUGGAAUCCAAAUACGCUCAAUCAGUUUGCAUUUUGAAAGGGAAAUUUUAUUAUUUUUUUUUUCUGCAAAGGAUUGUGUGCGCGAUUUUUUAUUGUGCUUUUUUGACCGAACAUUUUCAUUCAUAAGACGGAUCGUAAUUUUGUUAUUUUUUUCGAAGAACUCGCUGAAGUGGUGUUCUUAUUCGAAAAAUUUGCAUCGCCAAAUACCGAGCGAGAAAAACGACAGAACAAAAAGCUUAGUUUUAUUAAGUGAACAAUUCUUUUUUCUUUACAUAAGCACAAUCAAGUGUGUUCUUUUCUAUCAUCCAAGUGUGAACAGUUAAAAGUGAGUGGUCCACAAUGACAGCGUUUAUACCACGUGGAACGCGAUGGCUUGAGAUUGGAGCGAUUCUUGCUUUAUUUCUAAUUAUCCAUGUAGCUGCUAACGAUACGGAUUUAGCAACAUCGGCCGAUUGCUAUUACAACUAUAAUCAUUAUAGCGAAGGCGAUCGUAUCCUAACAAAUGAACCAUGUUUAAAUUGUACAUGCCAUAAUAAAAUGCUAAUGUGCUACCUGAAGGUAUGCCCGUUUACAAAGCCGAUUGGCCAAGAUUGUACGAUUGAAAAACGCGAAGAUCAAUGCUGUCCAAUUAUUACGUGCCCAGAAGUGCCAGUUGAACUCGACCAUAGUUCAUCGCAAUCGACGACUGAUUUAGCAACGCACCAGAAUCACGGAUGUUCGAUUGAUGGCGAUUUUUAUCCAGAAGGAGCUCAGAUUCCUGGAAAUCCAAAGAAACCAUGUGAACUGUGCUAUUGUAUACGGAAUAUGACGUCUUGUGUAAUGCAAGAAUGUACAUUGCACGUUGAUGGUUGCCGACCAAUUUACAAUAAAGGCGUCUGCUGUCCAGUUCGUUACGAUUGCGCUCGCGAUGAUGAUUUACCAUUAAUGCUUGAAGAUCAAACGACAACGGAAGCACCGUCACAAGGUUUUGUCAUUACAACGACCAGUGCACCAGUUCCAUCGAAUGACUGUUAUCACAAUGGCCUCCGAUAUAUCGAUGGCGAGAACAUUGAUACGGAACAAGCAUGUGAACAUUGCUACUGUAUGCGAGGCGACAUUGUGUGUGCGGUUCAAGAAUGUAAACCACUUGAAAUGCAUGGCAAAAAUUGUUCGGCUCGUACACCUGGCCCAGGCGAAUGUUGUCCACAAGUUUAUGAAUGCGAAAGUGAUUUACAAUCGACAACUGUGUCAGAUCAAUUGGAUGAAUCAUCGGCGGCCACAACAACUUUGGGAUACAAGGACGAUGCUGCUGAACCGGUUUUGACCACAACUCAAGAAGCAGUCGUCGUUUCAUCAUCGGAACAUUUUGAAAAGGGUGCCAUUCCAACAGAGCCAUCCAGUGUUGAGACUACAUCGCAUGGAAUUGAUGAAUCUGAAAAUGAAAUUCAUGACAAAGAUUAUGAUCAUAUGACCGUUAAACCAUCACGAGGCAAUUUCACCGCGGUACAACAACCGGACACAAUCAAUGAUCGCAUUGAAGGUGAAGAGAGUACAACUUUAUUGAAUAAAUUGGACGACAGUUCAGCUACAACCAUUUUAGCCGAAUCUGGAUCGUCAGGCGAUGAAAAAAUCACCACCGUCUUACCGAUGGCCGGUCAACCACAGCAGGCCUCCAAAGAUGACACUGAAAAUGAGGGAAUUUUGAGCAAUUUGUACACAACCAUCAAAUCCAUUGUUGAAUUGGCCACCACAUUGGGUCCAGUUGAAGAACCAGCACAUAAACCACAUGAAGAUGAUGAAUUUUUAUCGAAUGUAAUUCCAGGUGAAGGCGAUUGCUUGGACAAUGGCAUUAGCUAUGCAAAUAAUACAAGCGUUCCACCGAGAAAUGUUUGCGACGAAUCGUGUUUGUGUCAUAAUAGCAUUGUUCGUUGUGAAAAAGUGAAAUGCGCUCCAAUGCCACCAAAUGCUGAGAAUUGUAAAGUUUUGCAUGAAGACGGUUUGUGUUGUCCAAGCUAUCAUUGUGAAAGCAUGGAAUUUAACACUGGCGCACCAUCAACACAAUCGGCCGAAAAUCAAGUGAUUCAUCGUGAUGAACAACAAUCACCACAAGUUGAGGGUACAACUGCAGCUCAAUCAGUCGAAGAAGAAGAACAAACAAAUGCCAUUGACAGCAAACUUGACGAUACAACACCUCAAUCGGCAGCUGCAGUGGCACCAAUUUCAAGUAAAUUGGAUGAUACUUAUGAAAUGAAACCAGAGGCAACUACUAUCGGUGCUUCAGUAGUUGAAAAGGAAACAAAUGCACCAGAAACUGAGAGCUCACCGGCAAAGGUAGAACAAGAAAUGCCAAGUGAAUUGGAGGAGAAAUUUGGAACCGAACCAGCUAAGACUGAACCACCGGCUAAAGAAGAAAUCGCCUCUGAACCUUCGAAAUCGGAAGCAGAAAGUACAACAUUGAAACAACAAGAAGAACAAGAGCAAAAAAUUGACGAACAACCGGAAAUUAUGCAACCAACUACCGAUAAGGCAGCUGAAGAAAUGCCAGAAGAUGCACAAUCACAACCUGACAAAUUACACGAUGAAGGCGUAGAUGCAGCAAAAGAAAGCGCAUUGGAUGUAACAACUCAAGCUCAAUCAGAGCAAAGUGAUGAAUUGUCUCCAACAACACAAAAAGUACAACAAGAUGCUGACGUUUCAACUGAAGAUCAAAAGGAAAAAGAUAGUUCAACUGAACCACAGUCACAAGAAUCGCAACCAACAGAACAUGACGAACAAAAACCAGAAGAGAUCGGUACAACGGAAACACCAUUGAGUCAAAAAGGACCAACUGAAGAGGAAAUCUCAACUGAAUCACACAAAGACAGUGAUACAUCUACCGAAUCACUAUCAGAAUCUCAACCAGAAUCACAACCUGAAAAGAUUUCAACUGAAGAGCCAUCAGGUCAAAAGGUAGAAGCUGACAUUUCAACUGAACCACAGAAAGCUGAAGACGAACCACAAACAACACAGCCAGAAAUUCAAGGUGCUGACGAGGUUAGUGUAACUGAAGAAGGUGUCAAAUUGCCUGAAGAACCAUCGUCAACUGAACAACAAAGAAUGGACGAACAACCAAUUGAGGCCACAACAAUUGCAGAUCAACCUAAUAAAUUGGCAGAUGAAGUGUCCAGCAGUGAAAAUCAGGCCGAAGAAGAAAAUUUAAUUCCAGAUUCAACCACCGACGGUCACAUUGUUCAACAUGCCGAAAUUGAAAAACAACCUGAACCAGCCGAAAAGAUCGAAGACGAACAAGUAACGACGGAAAAACCACCUGCAUCUGAAAGCGAACAAAAACCAAGUGAAGAUGAAAGUUUGCCACAAACUACACAGGCUUCGGAUCCAAAAUUAUCGGAUGAAUCACAAGAGAAGGGCGAAGAAGAAUCAGUAGUACCGACUACAGGUGCUCCAGUGCCAAGUGAAUCAAUCGAUAGAUUGCCAGAAAUCAAUGAAAUUUCAAGUGAAAAUAUUCCAGAAGAGCACAAAACUGAAGAUGAUCUCCCUGCACCAACCACUGAAUCGGAACAAACGGCAAAUGAAGCGCAACCAGAAAGUGCUGAUAACAAAGUUGAACCAGUCACUGACGGUCAAAUCUCAUCAGAAGAUGCACACAUUCUUGGUCAAGAAAGUCCAUCUGAGAAACCCGAAAUGGCAAGCACUGACGCCAAACAGGAACAACCAUCAAGUACUGAACAAGGUCAAGAGGAAUCGACGACAUUGGCAACGUCAAAAUUGGAUUUGGGUGGCAUCGACAUGAAUCAAUUCAAGGAAGGCGACGUGGUCAGUGAAGAGGAUAAACAAGAUUUUGAUUUAGUUGAACCAACAACUGUUGGAAAAUCACAAGAUGAAGCAGCAAGUUCCACUGAACCGGUUCAACAAUCUGAAGUUCCAGAACAAAAACAACCGGAAGAACAAUUUGAACAGAAGCAACCAGAAUUGACGUCAUCCGAAGGUAUUGAAGAAUCAAUUGCAACUGAUAGUCCAGCUCCUGAGCAACCAGUAUCCGAAGAACAACCAGCAAUCGCACCAUCGCAAGAUGAACAGCACACUGAAGAACCACUUGUUUCUGAUGAAAAGGUUACAACUGAAAAACAAGCCGAAGCCACAACAACAUACGUAUUCCCAUCGAAACAAGAAGAUCUCGAAAUUGUCACCGAAAAGAUUGUACCAUCGAAACAAGAGGACUUGGAAAUUGUAACAUCAGCUCCAGAAAAAGAAACCUCAACAGAACCACAUGAUGUUGACAUGAAACUCUCAACGGAAUCAAAAUCACAAGCUGAAUUGGAGCCAUCAACUGAAGCGUCCAGUGAAUCAGAAGCAACCACGGCUGGCAAAGUAAGCGAAGAACAACCACCAUCAUUCGAUGACACAUUCCUUGAAGAUCAACACAUUCCACCAGCUGCCACUGAAAAAGAACACAUGGAACAUUCCUCAAGUGCUGGAGUUGAACAAAGUGAACAAACAACAUUCAGUGUGAUGCCCGACAAACCAAGCGAAGGCACUGACAUGAAACAAGACGAACAUAUGCCAACGGAUGCAUCAGUCGCAAGACCAGAACUUGAAGCUGGAAAUCAAAUGCAUAUUACCGAUGAUGAUGCACAAUCAAAACCGGAACUUGAAUCAUCAGUUACCACAGAAGCUAUCAAACAAGAACCAGCCGCUACAACAUCGGCUCCAAGUGUUGUUACUCCAGAAGAAAGUGUGAAUCGAAUUGGUGAAGAGGAAACCGUUGAGAAUGCAGAAAAAACACAACAACCAACCGCAGAAAAUGCAGUUAGUGAAGAAGCUCCAAAAGAAGACGAAAAAACAGAAGAAGAACAACAACAACCAAUUCAUCACAUUCAAAUGGCAACCACCGAAGAAAAUAUCAUCGAUGUGACAACACUUUUGAAUAAGAUUCAUGACGAAAGCAUUUCACAAGGUGCAUCAACUGAGAGCGGCGCUGAAGAAAUCAGCACACAAAAACAAGAACAACCUGAAACGCCUGCACAAACCGAAUCACAAUCAGAAUUGGACAAAUCCAAAGAAGAGCAGAAACCAACUCAAGAAAUUGAAUUGUCACAAGAGCCAGAGAUUCAACAACAAACAACCGAAUACUCACAAACACCCGAAUUGACGGAACAACAAACGCAAGAAUCAUUAACACCACAACAACCACAAGAGCAACCACAAAGUACUUCAGCUCCAAUGGAACAUGAUGAAAAGAUAGAAUCUCAACCGAGCGCAGAAGGUAUUGCUCCAGAACAACCAGCCAUUCCAGUCGAAAAUGAUGCCACAACCGAAGGAGUACAACAAUCAACUCAACAAAAUCAAGAAAUUCCGGCCGAAGGAACAACUGAACAAUCGAAAGAUGAAAAACCAAUGGUUCCAUUGGCUCCAAUUACCCCAUCUCAAGACGAGCAUAAACCUGAAGACGAUUCACAAGAACAAUCCAGCACUGGUGCACCAAUUUUGAUGGAAGAGCAUACGACACCACAACAACAGCAACAACAAGAGCAAGAAGUGGUCACUGAUUCGAAGAGCGAAGGUGAGGUCACAACUCAAAAGGAUGAGUCAAUCGAACAACAGCAAUCAUCAACUGAAGGCAUUGUAUCACCGGUUCCAGUUGAAGGCAGUAGUAGCCAAACAGGUGUAUCAGAGACCACCACAUACGAACAAGAGGCCAUUGCAACCAGUGAACCAUCCAAACCAUUGAUUGCUCACGAUGAAUUUCCUGCUGUUGAAGAGUCAUCACAGAGCGCUGAAAGCAGUAGUGCCAGCCAAAAAGAUGAAAGCGAAGAGCAAUCAUCAACACAACCAUCGCUUUUGGAUCAAACAACGAUUAAGAGUGUGGUUGAUUUGAUACAAACAUUGAGUCCAAUUGUAUUCCCACAAGAGCCAGAAGUAACAACAGUCGCUCAAGCAGCUGAACAAGAACCAUCAUCAAGUGAACCAUCGAUUUUCAAUCGAGUCGAUGCAGAUAGUUCAUCAGCACCAUCGGUCGAACAUGAUUAUCAAACAACCGAAUCAGUUGCAGCCGAAAAUAAAACGGGCAGCAUUGAACAGCAAUCAAAUGUGUAUGCCACACCGCCUGAAUCAGCGAAUAAAAUUCCAUUGAUUCGCGAACCAACAUUGAAUGAGAUUACGACGAAACUUGCCGAAAGCUUUGAUACAACAACAUUGCCAUCAAUUCUAUUUACAAGUAGCCAUACAGAACGAAUUAGUGAUAGUACAACGAUUAAGAAUACUCAAAAUGAGAUUACAGAGUCGACGCAUGAUAUGGGAUCCGGAGUUGGUUCACAACCAUCGUUUCCACCAUCAUUUGAAGGCGGAUAUGGAGGAAAUGUGCCAUCAGAAUAUCCAGAAGAAUACACCGAUGAAGAAGAACCAACCGUAUUCGGUCCGGGUACAUGCCGUUAUGGCGGCAAAUUAUAUGUAUCGGCUCAACAAAUUCCAAGAGACGAUCCAUGCGAUUUUUGCUUCUGUUUCCGUAGCGAUAUUAUAUGCUUGCAACAAUCAUGCCCGCCACCAAUCAAUGGAUGUCACGAAGAACCAAUCCAAGGAUUCUGUUGUCCACGAUACGAGUGCCCGGUUUCAAUGGGUCUCGUUUUGAAUACAACGACCACAACAACAACCACUUUACCACCAUAUCUGUCACAUUUCCAACGAAACAGUGGCAAAGUCACACGAAGCGGUUGCCAAAUUCAAGGAAUUACAUACAAAAUUGGCGAACGUGUUACAACCGCCAGCGGACCAUGCAUCGAUUGCAUAUGCGGUGGUGAUGGCCAAAUGAAGUGUGAUCCCAAAGUCUGCACACCCGAGCCAAUGUUGCGUCAAAUGAUUGCAUCGGCGAAACGAAGAUAAAACACUUAUUAAGAAUGUGUUUCACUACAGGACAUUACACAACAUACACGUUUAAUUUAAAAGAAAAAAAAAUUGCAAAAAAAAAAAAUGAACGAUUGAACGAGCGCGUAAAUGAAACAAGAAAAAAAAA